CAAUAUCAUAUUAUUUGUUAUUGCAUUCUUGACCACCCCCUCAUUCCUCAAGGCUAAAGCUGUUAUAAAACUGUCUACAGUUUUUCCUGUUAUAUAAUCUUUCAGAUUUCUUCUCUAUUUUUCCCUUAUGGGAUGCCAUAACUGGACCCUUUUACUUAGCUUUUUUAUUGAAUUUUGGUCUCUACUAAGUCCUGGCUUCUUGACAUUUCUAUGAGAAUUUCAUUCUUGCUUUCUCCAUUUCAACUUUGUUCCUUCAAGUUUUCAUCUUUACCUUAAAGAUUUUUGGGAUUUCAAUUCUUUGUAUUUAUUCAAUUCUUUUGAAUAAAAAGUAAAGAAAAAGCUAAAAACAAGAACAUUCUUUAGUGUUGUGGAUAAUUCAAACAUUUCUGUACCUUUGGCCAAUUUUGUGGAGAGUUUUCUAAAUAAGUGAGAAGUGUUGAUAUAAUGAGUUUUCUGACAGGAGAACCAAAAAAUUCAUGGCAACCAGCCUUGACUGUUGAUACAACAACAUCAAGUUACUGGUUUAAUUGGAAGGUUAUGCUUUGCUCCAUUUGGAUUUUAGCUUCUAUGGUUUUUGCAUCCAUUCUUAUAACAAAGUAUGAAGGUCCUCGCGAUUCGAGGAAUAGGAGCAGAGAACAGCAGAAAGAUUCCCCUGGACUCUUGUAUGAUGAUGAAGUUUGGAAACCAUGCCUUAAAACUAUACAUCCUGGUUGGCUUCUUGGAUAUAGAGUCGUCGCCUUUUUAGUUCUCUUGUUAAUGCUAAUCCUAAAUGUUGCUGUUGAUGGAGGAGAAAUCUUUUACUACUAUACACAGUGGACAUUCACAUUGAUCACUAUUUAUUUUGGGCUUGGAUCUGUGCUUUCAAUGUAUGGAUGUUACCAAUAUCACAAUAAGGUUGGUGGUGAUGGGAUUAAUAACGAGAGAUUAGACGCUGAGUAUGGUUCGCGAAGAUUGUCUAUGAAUGUAGAAAGUACCAGCAGUUCAAAUGCUGCAAAACAGGUAGGGGAAAAUGCAGGACAGAAUUCACGCCAAAUUGCUGACUUCUGGGGAUAUCUUUUUCAGAUAAUUUUCCAGAUGAAUGCUGGAGCUGUAACACUUACUGAUUGUGUCUUCUGGUUUGUACUCGUCCCAUUUCUGACAAUUAGAGGCUACAAUUUAAAUUUUUGGAUUAUAAACAUGCAUUCAAUCAAUGUUGUGUUUCUACUUGGUGAUACAGCUCUCAACUGCUUGCGUUUCCCUUGGUUUCGAAUUGGAUAUUUCUUUCUGUGGACAGCAGUUUAUGUUGUUUUCCAGUGGGCAGUCCAUGCCUGCAUCUCAAUUUGGUGGCCAUAUCCAUUCCUUGAUCUUGCAUCUUCGUUUUCUCCUCUAUGGUAUUCAUCCGUGGCGCUAAUGCACAUACCAUGCUACGGAAUUUUUGUUUUGGUUAUGAAGCUGAAACACCAUUUGCUAAAGAAAUGGUUCCCUCAUUCUUAUCAGUGUGCAAGCUGAUGCAUCUUGGAAUUCUAGUGCAAAGUUAAAUAAGGAGUUUUAUGCUUUAAACACAGCUAUAGUCAGGGAAUAUGGAAAAAGAUUACCACAUGUCACACCCCUUUUCUACUCCCCGAAAAAUAUGUAUGUAUGGGUUAAAGAGUUUUUCCAAUUAAAGUGACAAAACUUGAGUAGGGAUUA